UGGAAGACUUGUGUUUUUAUUUGAAACGAAUUAAAGAAAACAGGACGGGGCAAAGCUGAUGCUAGAGCAGCAGUGAAUGUGUAUUUUGGCAAGCCACACCCUCAGAAUUACACUUAUGUGCUGUCUGCACAGUACUGGAUUGAUUUGUUUUUCCAGUGACUCAGAAAAGCACUGUGUAGCUCCGACAUUCAGCACUUAGACGUACUGAGCUUACUCCUUAACUUUAGAAGUAAACUAAAACUUAUAGAAAGAUGGUACUGUACCACAAAGAGUUUGAAAAGGCAGGCAAGGCACCUGGUCUUCAGAUCUGGAGAAUUGAGAACAUGGAACUGGCUCCAGUACCAGAUAGUUUCCAGGGCAAUUUCUUUGUAGGGGAUGCCUAUCUUGUCCUGCAUACCAUCAUGCAGAAGGAGGCUUGUUUUUACAAUCUGCACUUCUGGCUGGGCAAGGAGUGCAGCCAGGAUGAAAGCACCUCGGCAGCUAUCUUCACUGUGCAGAUGGAUGACUAUUUGGGGGGGAAACCCGUGCAAUACAGAGAACUGCAGGGAUAUGAGUCUACUGCGUUUACUGGCUAUUUCAAAGGAGGAAUUAAAUAUAAGGCUGGAGGAGUUGCAUCUGGAUUUCAGCAUGUUGUUACCAAUGACUUGUCGGCUGAAAGACUUCUUCAUAUCAAAGGAAGGCGAGUGGUCAGAGCAACUGAAGUCCCCCUCAGCUGGUCCAGUUUCAACAAAGGGGAUUGCUUUAUCGUUGAUCUGGGAGCAGUUGUUUAUCAGUGGUGUGGCUCAAUGUGCAACAAGUUUGAGCGCCUGAAGGCCGCUCAGGUGGCAGCUGGUAUUCGAGACAAUGAGAGAAACGGAAGAGCUCAGCUGAUUGUUGUGGAAGAAGGAAGUGAACCUGGAGAAAUGAAAAAGGUGUUGGGUCGAAAACCAGUACUUCCAGUAGGGGAUGACAAUGAUGAUGAAGUGGCAGAUAUCUCCAACAGGAAACUGGCAAAACUGUACAUGGUUUCUGAUGAAAGUGGAACAAUGCAGGUGACGCUAGUAUCAGAAGAAAACCCCUUUAACCAAAGCCUGCUUCUUUCUGAAGAAUGUUUUAUCCUGGACAAUGGAACAAACAGGAGGAUAUUUGUAUGGAAAGGUAAAAACGCUAACCCUGAUGAGAGAAAGACAGCAAUGAAAACAGCUGAAGGAUUUCUUAAACAGAUGGGAUACCCCCCGAAUACCCAGGUCCAAGUUCUUCCAGAAGGUGGUGAGACUCCAAUCUUCAAACAGUUUUUCAAGGACUGGAAGGAGAAGAAUCAGAGUGAAGGCUUUGGCAAGGUGUUUGUCACAGAAAGGAUUGCAAAAAUCGAACAGGUGCAAUUUGAUGCCUCCAAACUGCACCAAUCCCGUCACAUGGCAGCACAAUACAAUAUGGUGGACAACGGCACAGGAAAAACAGAGAUAUGGCGUGUUGAAAGCACUGGUAGGACCCCUGUUGACCCAAGUACAUAUGGCCAGUUCUAUGGAGGGGAUUGCUACAUCAUCCUGUAUACUUAUAAAAAUGGCCAGAUCAUCUACACCUGGCAAGGUUCCAGUGCAACUAGAGAUGAACUCACUGCGUCAGCAUUCAUGACAGUUCAGCUUGAUCGGUCCCUUGGUGGCCAUGCAGUUCAGGUCAGAGUGUCACAAGGCAAGGAGCCACCGCAUUUGCUAAGUUUGUUCCAAGGCAAACCUCUCAUUGUUUACAAAAAUGGAACAUCAAGAAAAGAGGGACAGACCCCUGCACCCCCCACUCGCCUUUUUCAAGUGCGAAGAAACCUAGAAACCAUCACUCGAAUUUCAGAGGUUGAUUUGGAUGCUAAAUCUCUGAACUCAAAUGAUGCCUAUGUUCUAAAACUCAAAAACACUGGAUAUAUCUGGGUAGGCAAGGGGGCAAGUGGAGAGGAGGAGAAAGGAGCAAACUACUUGACUGAAGUCCUGCACUUCAAAGCAAACAGGAUUGUGGAAGGAGAAGAACCAGCUGUUUUUUGGGAUGCCCUGGGUGGAAAGAAAGAUUACCAAACUUCAGUUCUGCUAGAAAGCAAAACUAUGGAACAUCCCCCACGCUUGUAUGCCUGCUCCAAUAAGACUGGCAGAUUUAUCAUUGAAGAGAUACCUGGAGAAUUCACACAGGAUGAUUUAGCUGAAGAUGAUGUUAUGUUGUUGGAUGUUUGGGAUCAGGUCUUCAUUUGGAUUGGCAAAGAUGCAAAUGAAGUUGAGAAAACAGAAUCUGUUAAAUCAGCAAAGCGCUACAUACAGACCGAUCCAUCCAGGAGAGAUGAGGGAACCCCAGUCGUCAUUGUGAAACAAGCACAUGAACCACCUACCUUUACCGGCUGGUUCCUGGCUUGGGACACUUCCAAAUGGGAUACCGACCCAGUCGCCAGAGCCAUGACUUCUCUAAGAGUGGCCUAGGAUACUGUUAGGUGGUAUUGCUGUAGGCUGUGGAAAUGAACAUGUUGGGUGUGCUUUCUAGAAUUGAAUGUCUUCUUUAGGUACAAAUGCAUAAAUAUAAAUCAUGAAAUAGUAUGUGAACUGUGCAGAGGUAAGAAAUUGUAGACAUCUGAAUUACAUAGUAUAUGUUGACUGACUAUGUGAGCAGGUUUCAGGUCUCUCUAUACAUGAUUAAUGCAGGCUUUAUUCCCUGAGCGGCCUAUGUUUCAAAUGUGUUUUCUUUUUUAUUUAGUUUGUCUUAAAAGUGAAAUAUGAAAUACUAUAUGUUUAUCUUUAAUAUGAAACAAAAUGCAAUAUGUGGGUGCAUAAAACAAAGUCCUGUAAUAAGCAUUAUAUAAUGCUUCCUUUGCCAACUUUUUUUUUUUUUUUUAUCUGCUUUAACUGCUGAUUUUGAAAGUUAUAUGACAAAAAAUACAUGCAUUACUUAAUGGUUAGUAUUGUCUUAUAUUACAGUAUAGUCAUAAGCUGUUCAGUUGGUUGGAGCCACCAGUUUUGGUGUGCAGUAUUUCUCUUGGCUCUUAAAGUGACAAUUGUGAUACAGAUUUCUGGUCUGAUACUGAAUGAAAUUAAUGUAAAAGAAGCAUACAUUGUGUGACUUUUACAAAGAUGUGAUUGUCAUGACCUUUGGACCACCUGAUUGUUAACAGAGUUACAGAGAUCAGACAAAUUCGAAUUGUGCAUUUCACAGUAAGUGAUACUAUUUUUUUAAAAUAAUAAUAAUAAUAUGUAAUCAAUAAAAUAUAAAUGCAAAUUAUUAACAAAAGUGAAUUGCAGAUCUUUGUCUCAAACUAAAGAGUUUGAGGGUCUGGUUAUGAAAUCUAUGUGUCUGAACUUUUUUAGAUUUUAUUUUCCUGUGCAUUCUGCUUCCUGUUUUACCUAGACAAGUCACACUAGUACUUUCAGAAGGUAGUUACACUAAUGUGUUUUUUUUGUUUGUUUUUUUUAAAGAGCUGUGUUUUUUCUUUUUUUAAUUAUCAGGCACCCAUGUGAUGCAAUUAUGCAUUUAAUAUUUUAGACAUAACAGGUAUCUGCCACCAGUAUUCGUGCCAUCACACUGUCUGCAUGAAAAUUAAGUAAAUAAAAGGCAACUGUAGUGUGUCCCACCUCCAACAGAUGGCACUGCAACCACACCUACAUCAAUCCAAUAGGCUGCUGCCCUACUUGCUAAUCCAGAUAAUGCUCAUCUUUAGAAUGACAGAGUUGCUACCCCUGGCAACUGCACACUUAAUUAACCUGGUUUCUCUCUAGAACCUGUUUCUUUGGUUUCCCCUUAUGGUCAUAUGGUUGGAAGGUAUGUGACUGUAUGUGCAAUAUUUUACUUCGCUGAAAAACAUUGAUAUCCAAAAUCUCAAUUGUAUAUCUUAGUGUCUUCAUUACUUAUCGUAUUGUGUUUCUGUGUGAAUAAUGAGAGUAUAUAGCAAAUUGACAGUUUUCCUUGUGUAAACAAGAUGAAGAAUCUCUAGAAGUUAAGCUGGUAAAAAAAAAUAAAAAAUAGUGAGUGCCUGCAGUACAAUAUCUGUCUUACAGUAUACUUUUAUUGAUGUUGAAGCUGAAAACUAUUUUUUUUCUGUCUUAUAAAAAUCUUUGAAACAUACUUGAAAUAUCUAAAUACAGUUGUGCAGCCAAGACAUCCUAGACAUGUCUGUUCUGUACAUUCAGCUAUUGUACUAUAUACACAGAAAACGUGUCUCCUGGUAUAAUGUUGCUAUGUUUUCAGUAGUCCAGCUUAUGAUUUUAAAUGUAAACAGUAUGGGUUCUAGGUCACACUGAAUACAUUUAGUCUAGUGGCAUAGGUGUCAAAUUCCAUAAAUUAGGAAUACAAAUAAACGCUGACUAGAGCUUGUUUAUUUGUUGACAGACUGUUUAUAGGAAGUAAACUCUCAGCCUUUGGCCUCAAACUUCAGUACCUGUCUGUUCCAGAUCUGAAUCAGGCUUUUGAAAUACCAAAUCAGUUGCCCCCAAACCUCUGAAGGUUUACAGUGUUAAUUAAUAACAUUUAUUUUCAAUCACUACAGUGUACUAUACUGUAGAUAUAAAACACAUUGCAGUUUUUAAAUGAUAAAGAAGCAGUAAACAUACACAUUGCAGUGUUCAGUAUGUUACAUUGUGCUAUAGUCUGGCUGGAACAUUUCAACAUGGUUUUAACAAUAUUAAAUAAGGACAGGAGAGUGCUGACUCAUUGAACUCAGGCAAAACUUAAAGGGAGACCCCUAAGGUUCAAGCAAUUGAAUGUAUUUUGUGACAUAGUGCAAUCUAUUAGACAGUGGGUGGUACAAAUCAGCAUGCAAACAACUACAUCAUGCUUGUUCUUCUGCGAUCGUGGGAAGCACCCAUUUAGGUGUUUGCUUAGUUAAAAGUGACAAAAGUGACAAAGUGUCAGCCCAUAUCAGCAAAUGUGUGGAAUACCUAUGACAAAUGAACUGAUACCGUCAAAUAGGUGCCAAUCAGCCAUAGUGCUGAAAGUACCUGUAUGUUACCCAUAAUAGCAAAGUAUUCUGCCUGCACUAGAGUGGACAGUAAACAAUGUGAUCCAUUUGCAUUUCCUUCCAUCUGAUGAUGUAGAUAUCCUUCUGCCUGGUGUUGAUGGCUGAAGUGGAUCAGCUUAUUUUGCCUCCCUGGCACAUCAGCACACGCAACGGCUGCGAUGCAGGCUCCAGGGAUCAACCACAGUGCAGUCUACCCAGCGCCUCAACAUGACAACCGUCUGAUUUGAGUUGAUUAGGGUACAUCUCUGGAGUCUUCAAGUAUGCACCUUCCAUCCUUGGUGUUUCGUCAACUAGCCCACAACACCUCGACAGUGACUCUGGCGUCCCAGCAUCACACCCCUCCAUCCCCCACUCAGCUCAGCCCAACUGACUUACCUGUGCAUCAAUGUUCCUUUCUUUCUAUUGUGCUUGAAAUCCCCAACCAGAAUAUUUCCAUCUCAACCACAGCAAGUUGCUGCUCCUCUCUGCUGCUUCAGGUAAGUUCUUCACUCUGCGGCGCAACUCUUAACCACUGAAUUCGAUAUCUCUGAGAAACCGGGGUGUGUCACAAAUCGUUGAGAACCCACCUCCACUAGGUAAACUCGGGAAUCUCCAUCCUCGUUCUCCCACGUCAGCAGCUAGUUGAGCAUACCAAAGUUUCUUCCUCUCAUACGCCUUAACCACAGCAUCCUCCCAUGGCACUGUUAACUCUACAAGGUGAACGAGGCGUGCUGAUCCAGACCACAGGACAAUAUCUGGUCAAAGGUUAGUGGUGGCAAUCUCAGGUGGAAAAAUAAGCCGUUGACCAACAUCUGCCAGCAUUUUCCAGCAGCUUCCAGUUGUCCUAGACGAGGCUUGGUUUUAAUACUUUUUCUUGGUGGUUGCUCCCCUGGACGGAGGAAUGUUGUCCUUUGUGUGUAAUGUUUUGAUGGAACUGGUGGCAACUUAUUGGCCAUGUUAUGUUUGUCUUCCAAUGCUAAGGCCAAACAAUGCAGCACCUGGUCAUGACGUCAAGUAAACCGUCCUUGGCUAAGAGCCACCUUACAGCCUGUCAAAUUGUGCCUUAAUGUUGCUGGUGAUGAACACAAAGGACACGACAGAUCCUCUCCCACCCAGAGGUUUAGGUUCUGUGGUGAUGGGAGAACAUCAUAUGUUGGCCUGAUGAGGAAACUGAUCCUGCUAUGUUCCAUUAUCCAUAGGUCUCGCCAGCAGAUCUUGUGUUGUUCCACACUCUCCCAUCUCAUCCAUUCUCCCUGCUUGGCCUGGGAAACGGCAGUUACGCACCUCAUCCUCUCCUGCUUUUGCACCUCAUUGACUACCAGCUUCCUCCGUUGAGCUGAGGCUGCCUUGUGCCAUGUAGGAGGAGCUGAACUGAGACCAAGACCUCCUCUUCCAAGCUGAACAGCAGUCAGUUUUUCGGAGACCCGCAAAGCAUGGACCACAUCAGCUUGCAAGAUCAAGUUCAAUGGUAUCGAAGGGGGUCUUGCUCUGGGCUUAUAUUGGAUUUUCCCUCCAUUGAAUAUGUAGCCUAGAGUACAGUUUCUGGUUCUUACCACCUGGGGGACCUGGUUUAAUUGAGACCCCCUGGGGAAAUGUCUUACUGUACUCUCUAUUGUGACCUCCUGCAUGUCAGAGGUCAAUGUUUUUGUUUUCUAUUGUGAAGGUAAGCCACAUGGAAUUAUUCUCCCUUUUUAUCUAUGUUCAAGUCUUACUUUAAAAUUGCCAUCCAUUGUUAUUAUCAUUUGAUAUUAAUAAAUAAAUACCUGUUCAACCCCUUUUGAUUUAUAUUGGUUGUCAAAACAUGUUAUGUUAUGGUUAAAAAAAGAAAAAUCUUUAAAAAAAUGUCAGGUGAACCAAAGUUCACAGGAUCCUUGCUAUAAUACAAUACAAUACGAUACAAGUUUAUAUGUGUAUUUAAAAAUAUGCUGUUUUAUAUAUAACAUCAACUUUCUGUGUGAUUAUAUUAACCUGAGUCUACAAUAUAUUCCCUCUGAGCAGCAUAUCUUGUCAACUUUUCAGAUUAGUUUACUUUCAUAUACAGGUGUGUUAACAAAAUAUUGGACAAAGACUGUAGGGAUUUAUCACAAGCCUUUGAAUAAAAACCAGUAAGCAUACAGUGGUCAGUUCAGUUAUUUUCAUUUAAAUUUAAGCUACAGUGAACAUGUUAAAUAUAAUAGCCUUAUUUAAGUGUGCCAUUCUUGGGCUAAGCAGGUUCCAGACACCCUGUCUACUUGCUAAGACUAGUUCUUCAAUUAAAGUCACUACUUGUCUGAUAAGAACUGAUACUGUAGACAACUUUUCUAAUUUAAAUUAAAUGCUCGCUUCGGUUUUAAAGGCCUUGGAUUCAAAACUGCUGACGACCAGUAAAUCUCACUUUGACUGCCAAAAAGAACUUUCCAGGUAUACCACCACUCUGCUGCAAGCCGGUAAAUGCGAGGCUACUUUUCUUACAGUAAGUCUAUUGUGUACUAAAGUUAAUAAAUACAGUUUACACGUUAUGGUCUUAUAUUCAAACUUAACAGUUCCUGUUUUUUAUUGCAGUAAAACCUUUAUAUAAACUAAACAUUUAUCGAGAUUGCUCAUUAUAGAGAUUAUCUUGGCUUUUAAAUUGCUGACCAUCAAAAAAUUCUAGCUUCAUCAGCCAAAACCAAUGAGUCAUCUCCAACACUGCUGUUACUACAAGCAGGUAAGAACAAGGUUACAAAUGUACUUAUUUUCCUUCAAUCGGUUCACUGUAUACUUAAAGUUAUUAUAUUAGGUUUCUUAUUUAUUUAAAUACGUUUGUUUUUUCUUACUAUAAUCAAACCUAGUUCGAUUGCUUCUGGCAUAUUAACUCUGUUCCAUAAAAUUUGCCAUUCUGCUCUCGUUGGAUCAGAAUGUUUUAAGGCACUGAGUCCAAUUUAAAAAGAUGCUUUUGCCUGAUAAGGGAGGUUUGGAACUUUCAGCAGGUCGGCCUGACAUUUUAAUACCAGGAGCUCUCUUUUUCAGACCUUACACAGACGUAUUCAAAAGGAUACAAAAUACAGAAUACUUCAACAUUACUAUUAGCAGCGUAUUUCAAUCUAUAGCAUCCAAUCCAUAUCUAAUAAGUCAGCUUGUUCCCAGCAAGAUUCAAUUCUCCUCCUGGCUCAGCUCGAAGUGGCUCUGUGAACACCACAACAGGCCAUACACAGAUCUGCUAAUAAUAUUUUCUACUGGUUUUAUAUUCUUUAAAACACAUUGCAGUCAUUACAAUAUUUGUUGCAGUUUCACAAAAGUUCAAUUUGUAGCCCAACGAUCAUCCUGCUUCCAGUAGCGGUGACAGUCCUUAAAAGAAUAAUACCUGCAAAAACUUAAAUCUUAUUAGCUGGGCUCCCAUCUCUACAUUCUCAUUCUCAUCGUCAGUGGAUAAACACAUUUUAACCGAAUCUGGGUCCAUUAAAGAACCGCACAUCCUUGCAACCGAGGCCUUCCAUGCAAAAGGAUCUAAUGACUUAAAGCACAAAAGGGACAUGCCAUAACUGUCUGCGACACCUGGGUUGGAGACCCCUGAUCUAGAUGGUACAGCUCUAUUGCAGUUGCCAUAGCUAAUCCAGCGAGCUUCUCUAGUGCAGCCAGCAUCAGGAAUACUGUAGUGAGUUUCUUAUGUGUGUCCCUGGAUUUGGAAUACAAAAUCACCUUGAGCUACAGCUGUAAAUCAGUAAGUAUGCUCAUGGUUAUGAUUGGUGUCUGAAUUAUUUGCAACAAUCCUUCAACAAAGCCAUUGUUGCUUUGUAUAUGUUCAUUGUUUGUUAUAGAUGUAGGUGACCUAUAAGUGCACACAAAGAUGACCGAAUCUAAGCCUAAAGACUCACUACUGCUUCAGGCCUAUUUAAAUUGAGCCGCAGAUUAAUCUGUAAUGGGGAUUAAGAAACAAAUGUGUUUUGUAAGAUUAGUGAACAUUAAAAACAUACUGAGCAUGCAUCGGAAAAGCCCCUGAGAUGGAAAAAUAA